AUGCAACGCCUUUGGGUGCUCGAAACUGUCGACUGGAAACCCAACCCUAUUUCACCAGAUCAUCGAAUUUGUAAACGUCAUUUUAUAGCCACAACCCAUCAAGAUACUACUGGACGCAUAAUUGUGAGGCUGCCAUUUAAGGACAAUCCCGCUGCACUUGAAGCCUCAUUCGAUAUCGCUCGUCGCCGAUUCCUAGCAAUCGAACGCCGACUGUUGCAUUUGCCGGACAUUUACUCCCAGUACGUCUCGUUCAUGGAAGAAUACGAACGUCUUGGUCACAUGUCUGUAGUAAAAGCGCCGAAAUCAGAUGAACCACACUAUUACAUACCACAUCACUGUGUACUGAUACAUACAAGUACUUCAACAAAGUUACGAGUAGUGUUCGACGCCUCUUGCCAAACUACGACACAAACAUCGCUAAAUGACUUACUUUUAGUUGGACCAACUAUCCAAACAGAGCUGUACAGGUUGCUACUGCGCUUCCGUUUGUAUCGUUACGCUAUCACCGCAGAUGUCACUAAAAUAUACAGGCAAGUAUCUUUGAUUAAAAAUUAUCGUGAAUUUCAUUACAUUCUUUGGCGAGCUUCUGCAAACGUAGAUCUUCUCACAUACCAGCUCAACACUGUGACAUAUGGUACCGCCUCAGCUCCAUAUCUAGCAGUGCGAAGCCUUCACUACUUAGCAGAUAAGCAUGUGGCAGAAUUUCCAAUUGGCGCUGCGGCCGUAAAGAGUUCGUUCUAUGUUGAUGAUUUUCUAUGUGGUGCGGAUGACACAGAUGCCUUACACAGAUUAAAGGAAGAAGUUAUUGAGAUACUUCGCCGAGGACAGUUUCCUCUAUCCAAGUGGUGUUCCAAUCACCCAGAUUUCAUGGAUGGCCAAACUAUGAAAGAGCUAAGCAUUACCGACGAUUUUACAUCUAGUGCACUUGGGGUGACUUGGAAUCAACGCAACGACACGUUGUUAUUUUCAUUCACACCAAAGCAAGUUCACAAGUCUAUCACAAAGCGCACAAUACUGUCUAUCGCUUCAUCGCUUUUCGAUCCACUUGGAGUGCUUUCCCCACUCGUGAUAACCUCAGAAAUAAUUAUGCAGGAAUUGUGGCUGUUAAAAUUAGAUUGGGACGAGUCGGUUCCCCAACAUAUACACCAAGCCUGGAAUUGUUGCUUAGCAUCUCUUACCAGUUACACGUAUUACACCUGCACGCCCAUUUGA